AUGGGGUCUGAUGAAAAGAUCUCCGUAGAGUUCAUACCGACCGGUUUUUGCUGGAUGCGGGAGCCGAUGAGCGGCCAGCCCAUCAGCAAUAGCUUCGUCCCGCUCCGUAUACUCCGCUCCUUCACCGGAGAAUGGCUCGGGCCUCUUCCAAUGGGCGCGUUCCUCAUCCGGCAUCCGAAGGGGCCGAUUCUUUUUGACACGGGUAUCUCGACGAAAUGCAAUGAGCCCGGCUACUUCCCCUGCUGGAACCCGGUCCCGGGUAUUCUCAAUAAGUUCGAGGUCACGCCCGAAGAUGCAAUCAUCUCGCGACUGGCCGAGCGUGGAAUCAAGCCUACGGAUCUUCAGGCCAUCAUCAUGAGCCAUCUUCACCACGACCAUGCCGGAGGGUUAAAGGACCUCGCCCUCGCCGCCCCGGAUGUCCCGAUAUACGUCGGGUCCGAGCACUGGGACGCCUUCGGAAAACAUCAGAUUUACGCCGCGAUUCAGGGCUGCAUUCCUUCCGAUUGGCCGCCAAAUUUUGAGCCAAGGAUAUUGGAUUUCGAAGAGAAGAGGGAGGUCGGGCCUUGGAACCGGUCAUGUCCAAUCACAGCCAACGGGACGGUGAUUGCGGUUGACACACCUGGCCAUGUUGCAGGCCACAUCAGCUUGAUAGUCGUCGGCGACAACGACGAUGGGACGAAGACGACGUAUUUCCUUGCCGGCGAUGCAACCUACGGUAUCCAUCUUCUAGACAAGGAGGAGCCGGAUGGCGGAAACAGCGACCCAUUCACGGCCUUUGAAAGUCUGAGAAAGAUUAAGGAGUAUGCUAGGCAUAAGGACAUCGUCGUGCUUCCUACUCACGACCCAGAUACCCCGCGUCUACUGAAGGAAAGGGUGGUUUAUCGUCCGAAAGAUGGAACGAAAGGGUAG